AAGUGAAUUAGUCAUUCAUAUUUACACAUGUCAAGAAAUAUACAAAUAGAGAUUGAGAGAUAGUGUCUAUUUAUUAACCACAAAAAUGGCUGCAGCUACCGACGUUAUUGAUCAUACACUUCCCAGUCUCCCCAAGGAUGUCCGUCCACCCAUCACCAGUUACUCCCCGAGCAUGUGGGGCGAUACCUUCACUUCAUUUUCUUUGGACGAUAAGGUACAAGAAAAGUAUGUUGAAACAAUUGAAGAACUGAAGCAAGAAGCAAGGAGCAUGCUGAUGAGUAAAGGAAGUACAACAAUAGAAAAGCUAGUACUAAUUGACACGCUUGAGCGUUUGGGAGUGGGAUAUCACUUUGAGCAAGAGAUUGAAGAUCAACUCAGAGAAAUUUUCAGAUUUCAGUCUGAAGAUAAGGACCAGGGCAACUAUGACUUGUUCACUGCUGCACUUCAAUUUCGUGUGUUUAGGCAACAUCGCUACUCAGUUUCUUGCGAUGUUUUCAACAAAUUUAUGGGGGAAGGCGGUGAAUUUGAAGAAACCCUCACAAGUGAUACUAAGGGCCUACUAAGCUUGUAUGAAGCAGCCAACGUGAGGAUUCAUGGGGAAGACAUUUUAGAAAACGCGGUGGUCUUUACAACCCAUCACUUGAAAUGCAUGGUGCAACAAUUAGAGCCUCGACUUCAAUGCCAAGUGAAAAGAGCUCUUGAGCAGCCGCUUCAUAGAGGCGUUGCAAAAGUUGAAGCCCGCCAUUACAUUUCCUUUUAUGAGAAGGAAGAAUCGAGAAAUGAAAUGCUUCUAAAAUUAGCAAAGUUAGAUUUCAGCUAUUCACAGAAUCUAUACAAAAAAGAACUUCAUGAUCUUUCCAGGUGGUGGAACGAGCUAGACUUGAUGUCCAAACUACCACACGUGAGAGACAGAUUGGUGGAGAGCUAUUUUUGGGGCAUGGCUUUCCAUUUUCAUCCUGAGCACUCUUAUACUCGAAUAGCAGUUACUAAAAGCUUGAUAAUGCUUACAGUAGUUGAUGAUACAUAUGAUAAUUAUGCCACACUUGAAGAAGCUGACCUUUUCACUGAGAUAUUGGAAAAGUGGGAUAUCAAUGAAAUCGGUCGACUCCCAGAUUAUAUGAAAAUUAUUUAUAGAUUUAUUCUAAAUCUAUUCGAGAACUACGAAAUUGAAGCAGCCAAACAAGGAAAACUAUUUGCAGUGAGUUAUGCCAAAGAAGCAGUCAAACAAAUUUCUAAGGCUUACAACAAACAUAUGAAUUGGUUCAUGGGAGGACAGAUGCCUGCGUACGAAGAGUACAUUGCCAAUACUGUCGUCACGAGCUGCAUCUAUGUCUUCCUCAUAGUGGGCAUCCUAGGAAUAAAAUCUACCUCCAAGGAAUCUAUUGAUUGGCUGAUGACUGAUGAACCUAAUAAAGCUCUUAUAGCUUCCACCAGGGUUUGUCGACAUGCAGAUGAUGUUGGCAGUGAUGAACGCGAGAGCAAGGAUGGAAGUAUGCCGACAGCAGUGGAUUGCUACGUGAAGCAAUAUGGUGUAUCAAAAGAAGAAACUAUGGGGAAGUUCAAUGAACUAUUUGAAAAUGCGUGGAAGGAUUUCAAUACGGAGUGGUUAAUUGAAAUUUCCACAACAUCAAAGUAUAUGAUGGAGCAGUUGUUGAACUAUGCACGAGUAGCAGAGGUCACUUACAGGGAUGGCCGAGAUGGAUAUACACAUCCUCAAAAAUAUUUAGCAGCACAGAUUGCUACUGUUUUUGUGGAUCCCAUAGUCAUAUGAUUAUAUGGAAAUAUGUUCACAGCUCAGUUUGUCGGUUGGUGUUGAUUAUGUUAUUUGUGUUUCUUUUUCAUCAUGAUUGAACAAUAAAAGGUUUGAAUU